GACCUUCUUUUUUCGCGAACAUGCAUAUUAGAAAAAGAGAUAGUGUGUGAGUGUUUUUUCUAAGCAUGAACUUUUAGGUCACUAUGAACACGAGAAAAGCUAUCAUUAGACCUCUCAAAUCCGGCACCAUAAGUUCUAUGAGAAACAUGUACCUUUUACUGCUCCAUUAUCUGAUUCUUGCAACAUUGGGGCAGGUUUCUGGAGAUCACUAUCACCAUUCAUUGGAAAGUGAUAGAGCGGCACUUAUGGAAUUCAAGAGGACUAUUUCAGCUGAUCCGCAUUCCACGCUUGCAAACUGGAAUGAGCUGGUGGAUGUAUGCAACUUUACUGGAGUCAGGUGCAACAAAAAGCGUCAUCGCGUUCACAAACUAGUUCUCAUCGACAAAGGACUUGUUGGGCUUUUAUCACCGUUUCUUCUUAAUCUCACCAGGCUUCAAGUUCUCCAGCUGGAUGGAAACAACUUGCACGGCUCAGUACCGGAUUCCUUCUCUUCUUUUUCCAAACUUAUUCUACUUACCCUCGCAGAGAACAACUUAACCGGUACUCUUCCACCUUCCUUGUUCUCAAACUGCACUUCAUUGAAAAAUGUAGACCUCUCCCACAACCUCCUUAUAGGAACCAUCCCAUCAGAUAUUGGUAAGUGCCCAUAUCUGUGGAAUCUCAAUUUGUAUAAUAAUCAAUUUACAGGAGAGAUACCCUCCUCUUUAUCCAAUUUAUCAGCCAUGUAUAAUUUGGAUUUAGAGUACAAUCAUCUGUCAGGUGAAUUACCUGGCCAAGUAAUGGCACAGCUACCUAGCCUGAACUUUCUUCACUUGUCAUAUAACAACAUGAUCAGUCACAACAACAACACUAAUCUAGACCCAUUCUUUGCUGCACUUGCAAACUGCACUAGAUUGAGGGAGAUUGAACUUGCUGGUAUGGGCCUCGGAGGAAGUUUGCCUAGUUCUAUUGGAAGGCUCAGUACCACGGUAAAUAUCGUGUUGCUACAAGAGAAUCAGAUAUUUGGAUCAAUUCCUCCUGCAGUGGGAAAUCUUUGGAAUCUUUCACAGCUCAAUUUGACAUCCAAUCUUUUGAAUGGAACUAUUUCUCCAGAAAUAAGCCGGAUGAAGAACUUGGAGCAGCUGUCGUUAUCAUACAAUGACUUCACUGGUGAGAUUCCAGCAGCACUAGGACAAUUGCGUCGACUUGGUCUUCUGGAUUUGUCACACAACAAUUUAUCUGGUACAAUUCCUGAGAAUUUGGGAAAUUUGGAUAAAUUAAUUUUUCUGUUCCUUAACAACAACAACCUUUCUGGAGAGAUACCUCCAAGCUUAGGGCAAUGCAGAGAUCUGGACAAGCUAGACUUGUCCUACAACAAGUUGACAGGAAUUAUUCCUCCACAAAUAUCAGCUAUAAGCGAGAUCAGGAUGUAUCUGAAUCUUUCACAUAACUACCUACAGGGUCCUUUGCCAAUUGGACUGAGUAAGUUAGUAAAUGUACUAGAGAUCGAUCUCUCAGCGAAUAACCUGAGUGGACAUAUAUUCCCUCAGUUAUCGAGUUGCAUUGCCGUGAGGAUAUUGAAUUUCUCAAAGAAUUUCCUUGUUGGCCAACUUCCAGAAUCCUUGGGUGAUCUUAAAAACCUUGAAGCUUUUGAUGUUUCCAACAACAGCAUAACUGGAGCAAUCCCGGCGAGUUUAAGUAAUAUCAGAAGUCUUACAUUUCUCAAUUUUUCAUAUAACAACUUUACUGGAAAGCUUCCCUCAGGUGGAUUCUUUGACACUGCUACAAACCUCUCUUUCCUAGGCAACGAACAUAUCUGUGGGCGAGGGCCAGGAAUUCAAAAAUGCCAUCAGGAACACCAUUAUUUUCAUUCACGUGUAUUCUUGAUUAUAUUCUGUGUUGUCAUAUCUGUCUCAGCUUUUUUCUCCACCAUAUGCUGUGUGCUCGGAUACAGGCAUGUGCAAAGAAGAAUUUCUACAACCACAAUUGAGACAGAAACAAAUUCAGAGCCAGAGCUGAUGCCCAAUUUCCCAAGAAUGCCUUAUAAACAACUCUCAGAGGCUACCGGAGGAUUCAAUGAGCAGAAUUUGAUUGGAUCAGGCAGCUAUGGACGUGUCUAUAAGGGAGUUCUUCCAGAUGGGAUAGCAGUGGCAGUCAAAGUUCUACAAUUACAAACUGGUAAUUCAACAAAGAGUUUUACACGAGAAUGUGAGGUCCUUAGGAGGAUUCGGCAUAGAAACCUCAUUCGGAUCAUAACAGCUUGUAGUUUACCUGAUUUCAAGGCUCUUGUUCUUCCAUAUAUGGUGAAUGGGAGCUUAGAGAGUCGUAUGUACCAGUAUCCUGGCACCACCCUUCGUUCUGAUUCUUCAGACUUGAACCUUAUUCAGAUGGUCAAUAUUUGCAGUGAUAUUGCUGAAGGUAUGGCAUAUCUUCAUCAUCAUUCUCCUGUUAGGGUAAUCCACUGUGAUCUUAAACCCAGCAACGUUCUUCUCAAUGACGACAUGACAGCUUUGGUCUCUGAUUUUGGCAUAGCAAGGUUGGUUAUGACAAUCGGAGGGAAUGCUCCUGUAAUUGAGAAUAUGGGUGACUCUACAGCAAAUAUGUUAUCCGGAACUAUAGGAUAUAUUGCACCAGAGUAUGGAUUUGGAUCAGGCACCUCCAUCAAGGGAGACGUUUACAGCUUCGGAGUUCUGGUUUUAGAGAUGGUGACGAGAAAGAGGCCAACAGAUGAUAUGUUUACUGGAGGUCUAAGCCUGCAUACAUGGGUAAAAAGUCACUAUCAUGGAAGGAUGGAGAAAAUAAUAAACUCUAAUAUGGUGAGAGCUAUUCAAAAUCAGUCCCCUGAAGUGAAAAGAAUGUGGGAAGUCGCUGUAGGAGAAUUGAUUGAGCUAGGUAUUCUUUGUACCCAGUCUAACCCCUCUGCAAGGCCUACAAUGCUUGAUGCUGCUGAUGAUUUGGAUCGACUGAAGAGAUACCUUGGUGGGGAAACCACUGCGACAUUCGCCUCCUCUCUUGGAAUGUCAUCUUCUACUAUAGGUGAUGACUAGGUGACACCAAUACAUACUCAUGCACAAAGAUUUAUUUUCUUUAUGAAACAUAUUUCUACUCAUAGUUGACUUGUGGAAUCAAAAACUCAGACUGUCUGGGGACUGAUAAAUAUGAAAUUAGUAAAUUACAGUAACAAAUUCCCGCUACUUCUUAGUUA